GUUAGCGGUCUGGCUCUGGUUAUUGCUGGUGCAGUACUGGAACUAAAAUACACUGGCCUACUGGAUAUAUUAGGCGAUAAGCGGCUAGCAACUCCGAUACUACUUCUCUGUGCUGGUGCGCUCUGCUCUUUGCUCGGCUUCCUGGGAUGCUGCGGAGCAAUCCGGGAAAAUUACUGCCUAACAGUCAGUUUUGCGGUACUGCUGGCUCUGGUACUGAUGAUUGAAACUGCCGCUGCAAUAGCUGCAUAUGCACUACACGAACCGUUGCAGACUUCACUAUCACAGCAAUUGACAUUGGGUCUGGCGCGGUACAAUCGUUCGGCGGGCGUACGCAUUGCCUGGGACCAAACUCAGAGUCAGUUCUCGUGUUGUGGAGUGCACAAUCACACGGACUGGAACACGCCACCGGAUUCUUGCUGCGUGCACGUGGUGCCUGGAUGUGCUCGAAAUGAGCAAAAUCUGUAUUCUUCCGGUUGUAUGGAGCGUGUGGAGCAGUGGUUGAUUUUGAAUGCGGCACUUGUUGGCGGUGUAAGUGCAACCGUUGGCUCGUUGCAAGUGAUCGGUAUUUGUUUCGCGUGCUGCUUAUCCAAAUCAAUCCUCAAGGAUUUUCAUGAUUAUUAUUACUGA